UUUGAUGGCACAUUUCUGGUAAUCGGCAAAAUUAGCAAAUAUGACGAAUCUAGCCAAGGUUUUUGGACUCCUUUUGUCUAAAAGAAACACUGAACCGAAAAGGAAACGGACACUGGUGUGGUUUAGCUGAGACUUGGGAGCUCUGAGUUGCGUCCAACCAUGGAGGCUCAGGUGCCUGUAAUCUUAUUAGAUAGCAGUAGCAGUGAAGAAGAAGAGGUUGCCGCAGCUAACGUGACGAAGAGAAAGUACGAAGAGUACAAACAGAUCUCAGACCUGUCUGGUUUUGACAACCUCAGGGCCAUGAUUGAGGCUGAGGCUUCCAUGAGGAGGAACAGAAGGGAGCGAAGGAAGAUAAAGAAAAUGAUGAAGAAACAAACUGAAAGUAAAACAGAGAAAAUAAUAAUGGUGAAUAUAGAGAAACCUGUGAUCUUGAUAACGGACAGUGAAAGUGAAGAUGCAAAUAAAUUGAAGAAGAGAAAAUAUGAAGAUGAGUACAGAGUGAUUGCAGAUCUUACUGGUUUUGACAACCUCAGAGGCAUGAUGGAGGCUGAGGCUUUCAGGAGGAGGAAGGCAAGGAAGAGAAAGAAAAAGAAUGGAAAAGCUGUAUGUUAUGCUCAAGAGGAGGAAAACAAUAUGGCAGAAAGAGCAGAGGAAAUAAUAUCGGGAAACAAGAAUCAAGAAAUAAAAAAUUCUAUUAUUUUGACAGCAAGCAGUAAACAUGUAGAUGCAAAUAACAUGAAGAAAAAAUUAGAAGAUGAGUACAGAGUCAUUUCAGAUCUUACUGGCUUUGACAACCUUAGAGCUAUGUAUGAGGCAGAGGCUUUCAUGAGGAGGAAGAAGAGGAAGAGGUUGAGAAAAGGGAAAGAAAAGAUUGUAUGUCAUGCUCAAGAGGAAGUGUCUGUUGAUGCUACAAAAGACAUGGGACAGUCGGCUAGAGUUCAAGCAGCAGAAACAACAGAAGCAUUGGAAGCCGCAUCAGUUGAGGUUGAUAUGGCAAGGGGAGAGAAGCAACCUGUCACAAAUAAAGUUCUAGAAAGAGCAUUGUUAUUGGAAAAAGAAACAGUUGGGAGAAAUUACAAGAUAGUGUCGCGAAGGCGUCUUGGGAGAUCCAGAUACUUUGAUCCUCCAGAUGGCAGCUGGGACAUUGGCAGCAAUGGAGAAGAACGUCAUACAAUAGUACACUAUAAAGUGCAGAAGCAAAAGAGGCCAUGCUACAUUUGUGCAAGUUUUGAUCAUAGUUGGAAAUAUUGCAAACAGCGCCAGGAUUCCUUUGUUUGGAAAGGAAAAGGCCACUCUGCAAAAGAUUGUCUGGACGAUCAACGUUCUAAUAUUUGUCUAAGAUGCGGGGGUUCAGGGCAUAGCAUGUUAUCGUGUAGGAAUGUGUAUCCCCCUGAUGAUCUCAAGAAAAUACAGUGUUAUAUGUGCAACAGUUUUGGUCAUCUCUGUUGUGUGGACUUUCUGGAUAUGCAUCCCAGACAACUUUCUUGUUACACCUGUGGCCAGUCUGGCCAUCCUGGAUCUGAAUGCACAAAGUUCCGUGGAGAAAACAGUCGCUCAAAAUCUGCAGCAUUACGCUACUCAGGUGGAGAGGAAAGUCAUAUUGCAGGAAGAUGCACAAAUGAUGUUAAAGUCCAUUUCAACUGAUACUCACUUGUUGAAGUUAUUUGAGUUCUUGUAGGAUCAAAGUGGAGAGCUCUGGUGCAGCUUGGUAGAUACAAUGAAUUCUUGCUCAGCGUUGUCCCAGUCUUGUAAACUGUAAGGAACAGCUGAAUAAAAUUUGUUGAGUUAGUAGUUUUAAUUGGGGCAAUGAUUUGGUGUCAGCUAGGAUCAUGCAAGGAUUACUUGUUUGAGGUAGAAUUGUUAAAGAAAAACCAAAAAAUUGACACUUUCAACCGAAUUGACCAAAACUGAUCAGGUAGUGAUCAUGUUCAUGUCGAGGUUGGGGGUCAGUGAAAAGAUCAACUACUGAGUGGGGGUUGGGUCAACAGUAAGUUUCAUAGGAUUUGAAAACUGACCUAACCCGACCCAACACCCCUUUCAAAUACAUAAUUUCUUUAAUCUAAGGUUUGCAAACCCUAGAUCCAUAUGCUUUCAAUUCAUACAUUUCUUAAGAGUUUGAUUAAACCACACAACUUCUUAAAACUUUCAAGCCGCUGGAGUUUUGGGUUGCAAGAGGAGACUCGAUAGAGGGAUUGGCUAGAAGUUCUAAAGCUACUGUGGUAGGGGAGACAUACGGGUCAUUUGUUAGGGUGCAAUUUAGGUUUAGUUACAAAAGUUUUAUAAGUUAGAAUGUGUAAUUUAAUUCUUUUAUAGUAAAUGCAUUUUCUAGGUUUGGUAGCCUUAGGAGGGCGUUUAUUUUUGAAGCGUUCUUCAAAAGGUUUCCACUUCAUCACUGAAAUAUGUGUAUGAUUUGUUUAUGCUCUGGUUGAUUUUGGUAAUUUUGUGUGUAAUUAUUUCUAAAUUGACUGAGAAUUUUGAGAAAACACCUAUUUACCCCGUUCUAAGUAUUUGUGGUUUUUGGGUAAAUUUCAGUUGGUAUCAGAGCAAGGUUCACUAUAUAUUCGACACUAAUAGAAUAAAGUUAACCGACGCGAUUUUUUAUUAUUUAUAAUUUAUUUAUAUUGGUCAAUGGCUCAAUAUUAGUCUCAAACUCUCAAUCUUUGACUGUCUUCCCCUUAUUUUGAUGGAAAUAAUUGUGCAUAUUGGAAGUUUGGCAUGAGAGUGUUCUUGAAAUCCUUAGAUGAACGCAUUUGGGUUUCUAUAGAAAAUUGCUGGAAAAGCCCACUACUUCCAUUGACAUGUGGUCUAAGGAGUAAUUAAAUGAGUGUAAUUGCAACAGUAAGGGAUUAAAUGCAAUAUUCAUGGUUGGUUCACUUGAAUAAUUCAAGCGAAUUUCUUUGUGUAAAAUUACCAAGGAGAUGUGGAAGAUUUUAGAAGUCACACAUGAAAGUAUUAAAAUCCUUAAGAACUCCAAACUUCAGUUGUUGACUACUAAAUUUGAGUAGAGUACAAUGUAAGAUGAUGAGUCGUUCAAUGAGUUCUAUGCUCAGUUGAAUGACAAUGUGAAUUCUAGCUUUAAUCUAGGGGAAGAUUCCUGGUAAUAGAAUUGUCAGGAAAGUUUUGAGAUCUUUGCCUGAGAUAUUUAAACAUGAAAGUAGAGAAACUAGUAGGAUCCCUUCAGACCUAUUAGUUGUCUUUGCCUCAACUCAAGAGAAAGAAUUUGGCCUUAAAAUUCCAUCUACAUCCCAAUCUCUUCUCCAUGCUAUGCUUGCUUGAAUCUCAGCCCUAAUGUGUUCAAUACUUCAAUGAACACAUUAGUAGGAUCCCUUUAGACCUAUUAGUUGUCUUUGCCUCAACCCAAGAGAGAUAAUUUGGCCUUAAAAUUCCAUCUACAUCCCAAUCUCUUCUCCAUGCUAUGCUUGCUUGAACCCUCAGCCCUAAUGUGUUCAACACUUGAAUGAAUUGGAAAUCAAUUAUCAUUCUUCUCUUCU